AUGGCGCCCGAGACGAGUCAUCUCUGGCUCUGGCUGGGUUUCGCCGCCGUAGCAGGCGUCGUAUACGUCACCGGCAUCGUCGUCUACCGCCUCUUCUUCCACCCGUUGGCCAAGUACCCGGGCCCCUUGAUCGCCAAGAUCACGGAUGGCUACCAGCUCUACCACGCGUGGAAUGGCGACCGCCACCUGGACUUUUACAAGCUUCACAAUCAGUACGGCAACGUCGUCCGCUUCGGCCCCAACUCGCUCUCGUUCAACUCGGCGACGUCGCUCAAGGACAUCUACGGCUUCCGCACCAACGUGCGCAAGGCCGAGUUCUACGACGCCUUCGUCCACCCGGCGCCCAACACGCACAACGCGCGCGACAAGGAGAUCCACGCGCGCAAGCGCCGCGUGCUCGCCCACGGCUUCUCCGACAGCGCCAUGAAGGAGAUGGAGCGCUACAUCCUGGGCAACGUGCGCGCCUUCACGACCGAGGUCGGCCGGGGCGCCUCGGACGAGACCAAGGGCUGGUCGACGCCCAAGAACAUGGCCGACUGGUGCAACUACCUGGCCAUGGACAUCCUCGGGGACCUGUCGUUCGGCAAGGCGUUCCACAUGCUGGAGGCGCCCGAUAACCGGUUCGCGCUGGACUUGAUUGCCGCGGCGACCAAGAGACAUCUUCUCUGCGGCACGAUGCCCAUCGUCGACAAGCUCAAGCUCGACAGGCUGCUGUUCCCGACCAUCGCGGCCGGCCGCGCGCGGUACAUGGCCUACAGCAAGGGGCAGCUGACGGAACGCACCAAGAUGGGCGAGGACACUGACCGACGCGACUUCUUUUACUACCUCCUCAAGGCGCGCGACCCGGAGACGGGGCAGGGCUUCUCGGUGCCGGAGCUCUGGGGCGAGUCGAAUCUGCUCAUCAUCGCCGGUUCCGACACGACUUCGACGGCCAUGGCCGCGACGCUCUUCUACCUCGUCCGUAACGCGGCGGCCCUCGAGCGAGUGACGGCCGAGGUGCGCGGCAAGUUCGCCAACGUCGAGGACAUCCGCCAGGGCGCGGCGCUCAACACGUGCAACUACCUCCGCGCCUGCAUCGACGAGGCCAUGCGCCUGUCCCCCUCGGUGGGCGGCCUCCUCCCGCGCGAGGUGCUCGCCGGCGGCGCGACCAUCGACGGCGCGCGCGUGCCCGAGGGCACCGUCGUCGGCACGCCGCACUACACGAUCCACCACAACGAGGCGUACUACCCGUCGGCGUACGCGUACGCGCCGGAGCGGUGGAUCGUCGGCGAGGCGAACCCGGCGUUCGGGGGCCGGGCGACGACGGAGGAGGACGUGGCGCGGGCGCAGAGCGCCUUCUGCCCCUUCUCGAUCGGCGCGCGGGGUUGCAUCGGCAAGGGGCUGGCGUACGCCGAGAUGUCGACGGCGCUGGCCCGGACGCUGUUCCUGUACGACCUGCGCAAGGCCGUCGGCGUCGAGGACCCGGCCGAGGGGCGGCCGGGGAGGGGCGAGGGCAGGGAGAGGGUCGGGGAGAUGCAGCUGUUUGACACGUUUACGAGCAUGAAGGACGGGCCGAUGCUGGAGUUCCGGGCGAGGGCGUGA